AUGAUAUCUGCCCGCCGUUAUGUAUCCACCGUGGUCACCCAGUGGCCGCGGCCACAGCCUUGGGUCCUAAAGACGCGCCGUCCAAGUCGACACUUUUCCAACGCCGCUACAGAGGAAGCAAAUGAGACAAAUAGCGAUACUCCGACCACGAAACGUUCCAUUCAUGCUACCGAGACACCUUUGGCCGAGCAACUAGACUCACUCGGAGUGUACCGAAGCAAUGUUCCGUGGCAAUACGCUGAGCGCGCACGCGCCAAGGCCGCAGAAGCUGCAAAAAAAGCUGCAGAACAAUCUGCAGCAGAAGCCGGGAAUGGCGUCGAAGUUGAAAAAAAGGAACGUCUCAAGAGAUCCUCCUCCGGCCUGGCACGACUUCGAAGACUUAUUGCCACCAAAAGUUCCGAAAUAAGAAAAAGGAUGUGGGAAACCAUUUUCGAUACCGAGCGCGCGUAUCAAAAGAAAAUAGCCGAAUCUCACCGAAACCCUAAGAUGAGGCAACAGUUGGUGGAUGACCGGCCACCGCAGGCGACGAAGAUUGUACGCGAUGCGCUCAAAUUGUACGACCAGAACAAUUUCACAGAGGCCGUACGGCUCAAACUGGAGGCCCGGCUUGCCACGAUUCCACUUCCUGGCACAAUCGCUCCAGCUUCAGCAAAGAGAACUGUCAAACUCAAGAAACAGGCCUCUGUCGAUUUCAAACCCAAAAACAACCCGAGGACAGGAGACAAGAGCAGGAUACACGUGGUGGAUGAGAAGCUUUGUGACGAUGUGCUCAAGUUCAUUCCAUCGCUUGAACGGCACAAGGGAUGCGACAUCAUCGACAUGUAUCCCGGCGCUGGCUUGUUUAGUCAAAAGCUUAACGAUGCGCUCCAGCCAAGAUCGCACAUCUUACUCGAGCCUGAACCAGAGAUUUACCAGAAGUUCCUCGAGCCGCUGCUUCAGCGACCGGGUUCGAGGCUUGUCCCGAAAUCAGGCAUCAUAUGGCAGGACCUAAGCAGCGUCCUCACGCCCGAGUUUCUACCUCAUCAAAAAAUACAAGAUCGUACUCCCGGUCAGGCUCCCACACGAAACGAUAGCCUCCUCGUCGUCGCAAACCUCGGUUUCUUUCCAAACAAGACAUACCUGAAUUUCAAGUCCGUGGUCUCCAUGGUCAUGUAUCAGCUGAUCACAGCCAUCAGGCUACGCAGCCUCUUCCAAAAGUAUGGUCUUGUUCGCAUGCUUCUCUGGGUCAGGCCCUCGGAAGUUGAUCCCAUUUUGCCCCGAGAUUUGUCCAAGCGUCGUCGUCCGUCUUUGGAGGCCGAACUGCUCACAGAGUAUAUCGCCGAGAUCUGUACCGAUGCGGAGAGGAUGGACUAUCGCCCCGGAGUCAACCGCCAUGGAACAAUAGAUGUGCACAGUUGUCGGAGGACCUUGGACAGGAUGCGCAAAUUAGGAUUAGCAAUUCCCGACGGGAGAGAAACCUCAAAACCUAUGCGCUACGUCAUUGAAGCCGAAGCAGCCGGCAAAGAGCUACCGAAGAUCGGUGGAAACCACUCCAUGAGAAAGGUUAGGAGUGGAACGGGCGAAUACGACGCAUCCGAGUUCGACAAGGGAAUGUCCAAAUGGCUUCUGUUGAGGGGCUACUAUGGGCAGGAGUUGUGGGAAAAGCGCCAGGAAGCGGUGGCCCUCUGGCUCAAGAUUCAUGAGAAGCGAAAUCUUGCCAAGAGCGGGAGUUCGGACCCCGAGCUGUUGAAGGAGAUUGAGUGCCUGCAGGGGCAAUUCGACAGCAUGGCAAAGGAAUGGAACGCGAAUUUCGAAUACUACUCGUAUGGGAAGGCCGGCAUGCACAAGCCCAUCGACGACGUUCACACAUUCACCAUGGACCCGCCCGUCUUGCUGUGGGACCGCCGACCGGUAGAGCCUUUCAUGGUGCGGCCGCAAGAGUUCUACCCAAACUUACCGCUCUCGCUUCUCGACAUCCAGCCCAAGCCUGCACACCCGAUGCUUCUCGAGAACGGUGUCGGCUCGGGCCGGCAUGGGGACCACUUUGAGAGGAUCGUGCAACACUUGUUCGUUCAGCGAAACAGGCCCGUGACAAAGCUCAUGUCGGAGCUCGCCCAUGGUGCCGUGGAGGGCUUGGAUCUGGAAAACCUUGAGAGUUUCAAAGACCCAAGGCUGGGCGGAGCAAUUAUGAAAGGCAACGACGUAGUGCGUCCCGUCAUGAUGAAUGAACGACAGUUGCUUGAUUUGUUGGCUGCGUGGAUGGACUGGCCAUUUCGGCUGACGUAUGAGGAAUUGGCCACGAGGAAUCGGGAAGAUGAUAAUCCGGACGAUUGUGAAAAUUAA